UUUGAAUCACAACCUUCCAUCAUCUGAAACCCAAUCUUAGCCGUCUCUUACACGGUAAUAGCGAAAGAAGAAAAGCAAUCUCAAUUACCCUUCCCUUCCUCGCUGGUUCUUCCGCUGCCCAAGAAAACCAGUGUUCUCCAUUCCAUGAAAAUAUAUUUCAGCGUUUUAUUGACGAAGCAAAAGAAGCGUUAAUCGGUUGCAGUGGGGAUGUAUACACCCCAACUUCCACUGGCGCGUGCCUCCUCCGAGACACCACACGCAGACCCAGGAGGCCUAGAAGCUUCUCUGCUCCAAUUAGUCCACGACCAUCACCACACCUCUCUCAGACUCCGCGACCACACCGAGAGAGCGAAGAAGGAAGCGAUUCGAAACGCGAGGCGGGUUUCGGAUCUGUUGGUGGACACUGUGAACGGUGGAGUUCAAGAGGCCUUCAUCAACGAGAAGCGGAUCGAGCUCGAGAUUCGAUCGUUAGCGGUGACGAUCGCCCGGUUCAUGAAGCAGACCGAUCAAUGGCUAGCCGCGACUCAUGCUAUCAACACCGCUGUCAAGGAAAUUGGAGACUUUGAGAAUUGGAUGAAGACCAUGGAGUUUGAUUGCAAAAGCAUCAACGCUGCAAUCCACAAUAUUCACCAAGCAUGAUAUAACACACCAAAGUUAUUUCUAAUUUGUGAAAGCAGCCCCUUUUCUUUUUGUAUGUUCUAUAACUUUGUAGUCAAUCUAAUUCUGCACUCAGCCGGCCAAUUUAGUAGAGCCUUUUAAUCUUAAAUCCCCUGCUUCAGAAAAAUCACAUGUUCUGUAGCUGCUUGAUUGGGGUUAAUAUAUGAACACAGAUUUUGCUGUUUUGUGGAUGAUAUUACCCAUUCUGGCUCAAAGCCCUUGUGCAUUACUCUAUUUCUUACUUGAAUUAUCUCCUCUAACAAGUAAACACUCCAAAGCCCAUGUGGCUUUCUGCCUUCA